AUGUUGCGUACUCAAAAGUGCAGCACUCGCUACACCAUCAAAAUGGGUGAACAAUUACGAUCAUGUGUACUAUUAACGUCAAUACACUUGGAGUCUGUUGGCGGCGAGAGUCGCCGGGGCGAGAGCAGCGUCCACAAAGCCCUCACCACGCCUGGCGCCGCGCCAACACCCGAACAACGGUGUUCUGGGCACUGCCUG